AGUGGAGCCGCACUGACAGCGGAAGGAUUUCCGGGUUGUUGAGAGGUCGUGGUGCUCGUGCUGCGACGUCCUCGAUAGAUUUCACUGGAAUGCCGUCAGUACUUUGACAUUAACCGGUCAGAGUUCCGAUUCCUUCCGCCGGUGUGGAGGCUGUUUGUCCGGGAGUCUCAGCAGGUGUGCGUGGAGCGAGCAAACUUCCGGAAUGGCGUCUCUGUGGAGUCUGAGACCGGCACUGACGUCGCUGAUUCAAGCAUCCCAGCACGCCUCUGCGUGGACCGCCCCCCUCCUGUCCAGGACCAUGGCCACGCUCAACCAGAUGCACCGCCAAGGGAAGCCCAAAGUCCCUCCCAAAGCCGUUGGAGCCACGUUUGGCCGCCCCCAGCUGAAGGCGGUCAUCCUGAAGACGAUGAUCCGAAAGCCCAAGAAGCCCAACUCCGCCAACAGGAAGUGCGCCCGCGUGCGGCUGUCCAACGGGAAGGAGGCGGUGGUGUUCAUUCCCGGGGAGGGGCACAACCUGCAGGAGCACAACGUGGUGCUGGUGCAGGGGGGUCGGACGCAGGACUUGCCCGGGGUGAAACUCACCGUGGUGCGGGGCAAAUAUGACUGCGCUCACGUGGUGAAGAAGAAGCAGUAGACUGACUGUGGGGGGAGGGGUGCAAGGUGUGUGUGUGUGGUGACCUCCUGCCAGCGGCGGCGACGGUCCUGAGCUUCACUCAGCUCCAUGUUUGUGAUGAUCUGCUGUCAGUGUCCAGAAUUAAAGACACUUCCUGUUCAUCCUAAAAAAAA